AUGCCACGACAAGCGCAUGGCAGGUCGGUACUUGCCUCCAAACCUGCGAAGGCCACCAAAAGAAAAGCCACGAGAAAUCGACGAUUGAACGCACUUGAGAUGGCCGAGGAAGAAAACCCGGAGCAAAUAAAAGUCCCCAGACAUCGGUUGGGCCAUGUUGAUGAUGACGAUGACAACGAAGACGCUCAUGCCGAACAUGAUCACGACGGUCCUGCAACAAAGCGACAGAAGACGAACGCAGCCUCCACGAGCGACUCGGAUGAUACAGGAUCUGAUCUAGAAGGAAACCGGUGGCACGUGGGAGUGGACGACGACGAUGAGGACAGUGACAUCGACAGUGAUGAUGCUUUUGGCGAAAGCGAUGAAGAGAAAUUUGCAGACUUUACAUUCCGUGGUACCUCGAGCAUACCCUCUACGCAGAAACGACGACCUGUGAAAAGUUCGCCUUUCCUAGAUGAAGACGCUUCUGACCGGAGCCAAGGUGAAGAUUCGGGGGAAGAUGGCAGUGACGAUGACUUGGGUGAUGACGCUGUUGAUUUAGCUACUGCCUGGGACAUGGACGAUGAAGCUGAAAAGAAAAGCUCGGUGCGCAAGAGAAGUCUGCCAUCAACAAAGAAAGAUGCCAUUUCGGACGAUGAUGACGAUUCCGCCGAGGGCGAGGAUGAUGACGAUGACGACUCUGACAACGAGUCCCAACUGUCCGUCUCUGACGAUGAUGGAGACCAUAACAAGCUCCAAAGCUUUGUGGAAGGAUUGUCAGCACCCGCCAAUACGACUCUAACCAAGCCGGACCGCCCUCGCAAGGGUUUGUCGGAUAAACCGUCACAAUUUGGUCUAGGUGGCUCGAAAUUGACAGCGGCUGAUUUGCUACAAUAUGUCAAAGACCCUCGCCAGCGGCAAACCUUGAAGAUGCUGCAAAAUAGCGAGGCGCAAGGCGCUGAAGCGUACAAGAGUGGCAUUCCGGGUAAACUUGCACCACCAUUGGCUAAGCGACAACAGGAUCGCCUUGAUAGAAGUGCCGCAUAUGAGGAGACUAAAAAGGAGCUCGAUAAAUGGAUUGACACCGUCAAGCAGAACCGACGUGCUGAGCACAUAUCGUUUCCCUUGCAGGACCAAUCCGCCGUCGCAACGGUCAACAGCAAGAGCUUGGCACCCACUUCCCAAUCAAUACCGAUGACAUCCCUCGAAUCCACAAUACAGGCUAUUAUGGAGGAGCAAGGCCUCGCCAUGUCUACCGACAACCACGAACAAGAAUUUGAAGAACUUCAGGAGAAGCAAAUGCCUCUCCAAGAGGUCCAGGCUCGCCGCGCCGAGUUGCGCAAAGAGCGGGACUUGUUAUUCCGUGAGGAGAUCCGUGCUCGGAGAGUCAAGAAGAUAAAGAGCAAAGCCUAUCGUCGAAUCCAUCGCAAAGAACGCGAGAAAGCAGGACUGGAGAACCGAUCGGCUCUGGCAGAGCUUGGUAUGAUUGAUUCAGAAGAAGAACGAGAGCGUAAUGAUCGUCGCAGAGCCGAAGAGCGCAUGGGGGCACGUCACCGAGAGAGCAAAUGGGCGAAAAGUGUCAAAGCAACAGGUCGAGGUGCAUGGGACGAUGAAGCUAGAAAUGCUGUGGGUGAUCUUGCACGCCGGGACGAAGAGCUUCGUCGACGUAUCGAAGGCAAAUCUGGCGAUGCCUCUGGCUCGUCCGAGGACGAAAUUGCGGACUCUGAAGGUCUCUCUGAUUCUGACGAGGAACGCGACCGUCUACGCCACAAGUUCAGCGAGCUUGCAUCCGAGGCGCCUGAUACCACCGAAACUCGGCUCUCCUCGAUGGCCUUCAUGAAGAAGGCGGAGGCGGCAAGGAAGGCUGCCAAUGACGAAGAAAUUAGAAAUGCCCAACGCAUGCUAGGACAGGGCGACGCGGAAGACUCAUAUGGGUCUGAUCUUGAGAACAUCAGCUCCACUGGCAGGCAGAAGUUUGGUUCAAAACCUGCCACAGACACCAUCCUCCCAAAACACACUGUUCAGCGAAGCGAAUUCGAAGAGCGGAACUCCGAAGACGAAGACUUGGCUGGCUUCGACGAUGAACCCAAGCAUGAGGCUAUCUCUACGGCUCCAAUCGAGAAGAAAUCACGCGUGUCCACCAAGAAGUCUGUCUCCUCGAUGCCACCUGUUUCCCAAACCAGUCACGCACGUCUGACGAGUCAAACAAACGGCGAGGCCGUUGUGGCGUCGAAGAUUGACAAGAUGCCAAACCGUCAGGGCCAACCGAUCACAAAACAACUGGUGAAGAAGCCCACUAUUGAAGAAGCAGAGCUAAAUGGUUAUACCAGCUCCUCAGGAUCUGAGGACGAAGACGAAGGCCAGUCAACGCUGGCGCAGGCCAUCUUCGCUGGACCCGAUGAGGUGUCUCAGGAUUUCCGCAAGGAGAAGAAGGAGACAGUUGAGGAGGAAGGGGAUCAAGUUAUUGACAACACUUUACCAGGAUGGGGGAGCUGGACAGGGGAAGGGGUCAGCAAAAAGGCACUGAAAAGGACCAAGGGCAGAUUUACGACAACGAUCAAAGGCGUGGCGGCGGACAAGAGAAAAGACGCCAAAUUGGAACGAGUGAUUAUCAACGAAAAAAGAAUCAAGAAGAACGACAAGUAUCUGGCCCAGGAACUGCCUCAUCCGUUCGAGACGCGACAUCAAUAUGAGCGAUCUCUGCGACUGCCCUUGGGACCGGAGUGGACGACCAAAAACACAUUCCAGGAUGCGACGAAGCCACGAGUGUUGAUGAAACAGGGUGUGAUACGUCCGAUGGCACGUCCACAGGCAUAGAUCAUUGAGAGGGGAGGACGUGGUAUCUUGAUAGAAAGCCCCGUCAUUUGUUGGAGUGUUGCGUGAGUCUUGUGUGGUAACUGAAAGUAUAUCGGACGCACCGAGCCUCCCGAACGGAUACAAUACUAGCAGCAUAAUGGCAUGUUUUGGUAAACAUUGCAAAUCAGAUAUCUUCU